AUGAGCGACCAACUCCACGGCGGCUGCUCCUGUGGGCGCAACGCCUACACAAUCACUAUCCCUCAAAACGCAACCGAGAAGCCCCAGGUCUUAUUCGAGAACAGCCACGGAUCACGCAAAUCGCACGCUACGCCACUCUCCGCUUGGCUGAAGGUCCCUCUCUCCUGGUACCAGUCGACCACUCAGGCCUUUAUGAGCGACGAGUCGCACGCCGCCAUCCGCCGCACAUACACCUCGCCCAGCGAGCAAAACUGCCAGCGCCACUUCUGCGGCUUCUGCGGCACGCCGUUGAGCUUCUGGUCCGAGUCGCCGGCCACCGAAGCGUCGUACAUCUCCUUGACCCUGGGCUCGUUGGCGAGUAGUGAUCUGCGAGAUCUGGAGGAUCUGGGAUUGUUGCCUGCGGAGGCGCUGGACGAUACCGAGGCUGGUCAGGAGAAGAUGGAGAAGACGGCUUCGCUGGCUGGCGGUGGUGGGCGGAGUGGACAGGGCAACGAGGGACUGCCGUGGUUCGAGACGAUGGUUAAGGGUAGCAGGCUGGGCAACGUUCAACGCAUCUGGGGAGAAAAGAGGGCUGGGAACGGGAGGUUCAAGAUUGAGUGGGAGAUUGUCGAGUGGACUGCCGCGGAUGAGGAGGGUGGGGAUGGUAGUGUGCCUUCUGCAAAGAGGAAGAUUGGGCAGGUUGUGGAGAAUGAGAUGAUGGAGUAA